CUUAGUCGCCCUUGAGAAAGAAUCCACCAUCAAUGAAUAAGCUGUUUCUUCAUGUCACAAAUUCCUGAUCAGUCUGAUGCGGCCUUCCUGUUUUUACGUUCGAGACAAAAUGUUGGACGAACUUCGGCAACCCCAAUUUCCUCUCCUCCAUCCAUCCCAGAGAGCCGAGCCUUUGAUCUUUCAAAUACUAACUUCUUAAUAAGUCUAUGACACAUAUUUCUUCUCACAUAAAGGAAAAAGUCUUCCUUACAGAUAUAUAGCAAGGAAGCUUGGGUUGGAGGUGAGGAAGAGGAAAUAGCAGGCGAGGGCGAAUAGUUAGAAUGGGGGAAGAGGAAGCGAAGAAUGUGUUCGGUGGGUUCACUACGGAGGCAGCCCCUUCGGAGCCGGCCCAGGCAGAUUCUACAAUGGACGUGCCGGAGGAGAAAUCGGUGAUUCCUCCAUCUCCAGACGAGAAGCCUGACGAGGCCAAAGCACUGGCCGUCGUUGAGAUGCUCGCAGCUCCCCCAUCAACUGAGAGAAGCUCUGGUGGUUCAACAGAUAGAUAUGCUAUUCUUGCACGGGUUGAAACUGAGAAAAGACUAUCGAUUAUCAAGGCUUGGGAAGAUAGUGAGAAGGUCAAAGCUGAGAAUAAAGCGGUUAAGAAGAUGCAUUCUAUCACUGCAUGGGAGAACACGAAGAAGGCAACAGUAGAAGCUGAACUGAGAAAGAUAGAGGAAGAACUGGGAAGGAAGAAAGCAGAAUACGCAGAAAAAAUGAAGAACAAGAUUGCUAUGAUUCGCAAGGAAGCGGAGGAGAAGAGAGCUAUAGCGGAGGCCGGGCGUGUUGAAGGUAUUCUGAAGGCAGAAGAGAUGGCUGCAAAAUAUCGUGAAACAGGAGUUUCUCCCAAGAAAUUAUUGGGAUUGUUUUGAGUAAUGAGAUCAUUUCUUUUUCUGUGAUUCAGUUUUUUUUUUUUUUUUUUACAAAGUCAGUGAAAUUGUGGUGCUUGUGGUUGCUUACACGUAUAUUUUGAAGAAUAAACAUUGUUUUCUAUUUAUUA